UGCCAUCCCUCCCACCCCAACCCCCUCCCCCACCCCGCGCACGAGUCCACAUUCUUCUUUUCUAUCAGAAUUCGGCGUGCGCCUGUUUGACCACGUUUAACUGGUUUCCAUUUAGAUUCAGAAUCAUCGAUUUGAGGAUCACCGUACUUACCUAUUUUAAUCCUGGCGUGGGAGGGCCGGUCAGUUACGGGUGGGAAGGAAUUAGCGACACUGCUUUUCUGGGUGACGUGGAGCAAACCCCUUCUCCUCUCCGGGUGUCAGUUUCCCCAUCUAUAAAAGUGACCGUUUGGAUCACACAGUUUCCAAAUUUGCCGGUGGCAUGUGAAUUCCCAGGGGAGGUUUCUUUAAAAACAGAUUCCUGGGGGUGGGAUGCAGGCAAUUGGGCUUUUGCAAUAUAGCCAGCUGAUUCUGAUGCAUUGCCAGGAGAGGAGUGGGGGGCCCCCGGACCAUCCCGGGGACCCUUCCAGCUUUAACGUCCUCUACUUCCUCUCUAGGACAUGGUGUUAAACAUGGAAACUUAGACACAGUGAGGUGUGCCGCUGUGGCACCACUUUGCCACCGAGCAGAUUUUUGCAUCUGGGUGAGACCCUGGGCAAUCUCUGUCUUUGCCCUGCACCAGCUCCCAGGUCUUUGCUUUGUGGAGACAGGAUGGACAGAUUCCUGGUGAAAAGCGCUCCCCGGGGCCUUUUGGGAAAGAGGCAGCCAGCGCAGACCGGAGGAGGCCCAGCAGCAUUGGGAGACGGGGAGGAAAGCAGCAGGAAAAGGCCCAGGAGAGAAACUCCGGAGAACGGAGUGGACUUGGCAGGGCCCAGCUGGCAGCGCAUUCGAGCCGAGGGCCUGGACUGCGAUUACACAGUCCUGUUUGGCAAAGCCGAAGCAGACGAGAUUUUCCAAGAGUUGGAGAAAGAAGUGGAAUAUUUCACAGGUGCACUGGCCAGGGUGCAGGUGUUUGGGAAGUGGCACAACGUGCCAAGGAAGCAGGCGACGUACGGCGACACUGGGCUGACCUACACCUUUUCGGGGCUCACUCUGUCCCCGAAGCCCUGGAUCCCAGUGCUGGAGCGCAUCCGGGAUCGUGUUUCUUUGGUGACCGGAAAGACCUUCAACUUUGUGCUCGUCAACAGGUAUAAAGAUGGCCGAGACCACAUUGGCGAGCACCGAGAUGACGAGAGAGAGCUGGCUCCUGGGAGCCCCAUCGCCUCCGUGUCCUUUGGGGCCUGCAGAGACUUCUUCUUUCGGCACAAGGAUGCUCGAGGGAAAAACCCCUCCCGGCGGGUGGAGGCAGUCAGGCUUCCGCUGGCCCACGGGAGCUUACUUAUGAUGAACCCCCCCACCAACACUCACUGGUACCACAGCCUCCCCGUCCGGAAGAAGGUUCUGGCUCCACGGGUCAAUCUGACAUUUCGUAAAAUUGUGCCGACUAAAAAGUAAACUUCUUGUUAACAGUUA